GAACAGUUCUUCCUCUUUGUAUUUCACUCUCCCUCUCCAAAAACAAGAGAGAGAAAGAGAGAGAGAGGAUUGAAAUUGUAUAUAGGUAUUUAUUUCUACGAGAGGUGAUAUUCUGCGAUUAAAUUAUUCGAUAUAUUCUGCAUUACAAGUUUAUCGAUCAUGGAGAAUCCGGCCAGAAUUUCAAAUUGGCGUCAGAUUUUUGCUAUCACAGUCCAGUGAAAAUUCCUGAUUUUUUUUCCUAUAUUUUUUUUUUAUUUGAUUUUGGCGGAGAUCAAAUUUUCAAGUUAAAGUUUUCAAAGGAACACCCUGAUCCUUUUUUAUGGUAUGCCCUAUUUGGAGUGGGGAAAUGACGGCCUUGUCAAGGGUUCGAGAUGCGGGAAAUAUUUUGCAAACUUUGACAGGGGAAGCCGGCCACCAGAAAUUAGCUGCACAAUAUUUGAGGAGAGAACUACAGGAGGCUGAAGAAGCAAAUUUGCUUGAUGAAGAAGAUAUGCAUAUAUUUGGCUUGAGGCCGAUGACAGAUCCUUUAGAUCUGGUUUGCUGCAAUGCUUGUAAGAAGCCACUCAAGGCCAGUCAAUAUGCCGCACAUGCAGAGCUCUGUAAGUCUUUAAGUUCUAAGCCAGAUGCUGGUCUGGAACAUGAUGGCCCCACAGUGAAUAGGAAACCGCCGCGAAAAGAGAGGAAAAAAUCGACUACCCAGACCAAAAAGGCCUCAUCCCUCAAAGAACCUAAAAAGAUCAAAGGUGUGGACUCAGAGGAUAUAGCUACAAGAAAUUCUUGUUUGGAUGAGAAGAUUCAGAUGGCUCUCUCCGCUGAAACUAAAACUAGAAACAUUAGAGUGCCCGUGCCCUCAAAGCCUAAAACUAAUGGUUCAAGAGUUAGUCCAUGUAAUGUGAAUUGCUCUGAAGAUGCGACCAAGUGUUUAUCUAAAACUCUCAAAAGGGUAGCAACUGAGAGUCCAUCCAAUCCGGGCACUACGAAUAUGUAUCCACCAGCUCCCCUUGCAACCAAAGUAUACUAUUCACAAACGAACCAUCGCCUCAGAAGAGCUAUUUGUCACAUGUUCUUUGAGGAAUCAAGCAAGGAGUCUAGCAAUGAGGUGUCGAAUUUUGGCAUGUUGCAAAAUGCAGUUCCUACUCAAACUUCAACUCCCAGCAACUUUUGUCAUGAACAAGCUGAGAACCAACAGAGAGAUGACCAUCUUUUGCAUCACGUUCAAACACAAGAGCCAUUUCCUGCGGCUAGUUCAGAAUCUUACCAGAGCGAAAUUGGAGGAUUUGUUCCAUCCAUGAAUCCUGCAUCUCAACUUCCCAUGAAUAAUAGAAUUGAACAUCACCUGCCAAACUCUUAUUCUUUUGCAGGCAAUCCAGGAAACUAUUUAGGUACUGUUCAGCAGGGCAAUGGAAGUGUGCCAGUUGUAUAGGACUCCUGAAGGAGAUUUUUGCUCGGUAAAUCUAUUGAUCAUUUUGCUAUAGUUAAUUUAUGAUUUAGGCUAUAUACCAGAACUCGAGAAGGAACAGCAAACCUUAGAGGACAGCUUGUGGUGGUUCCCUUGCACCCACCACUAAAUUAAGAAUGUGCAGUGUAGAGCGGUCACUAGGUUGUGAAAACUCAUUCGAAUAUUCUGGUUAUAUAUACAAACCUUGGUUAAAUUGCUUUACCGGUCAAUUUAUGC